GAUGAUUUAUUAAGCAUGAGUACAGACACAGAUCUCAUAGAACAGACUCGUGUGCAUCCAAUGGAUGUUCAGAUGGCAGUAUUUCACUGCUCAGACAGCUUCCUUAAACAGAUGAUGAUUACAAAGCUCUCUCAGUGUCAGUAUGCCUUACCUUUGCUUGUUCCUGACCCAGUCACUAAGGAGAUCGAGUGUCCUCUGUGGACUUUCAGACAAAUAACAAAAACCUGGAAGGUAACUGAAAUCAAAGAUGGCUCAAACAUUGUCUCGACAAAGAGUGUUCCAGUCUGCAAAGCUAAGACACCCUUGGUAUCAUUUUUCCGCCUGGGUUCUCUGUCAGUGUCUAAAUCUCAGCUGAUGAACACUUUGAUCAACGACCGUCACAGCACCUUCUUCCACAGAAACUGUCCAGGAAGCACCAAGUCUCGCUAUCUGAUGGAUGGCGUGGCAGAGAUUGCCUGGUACUGUCCAGGUGGAAAACCAAAUGAUGCCUUCAAUGACUGCAUUGCUUUUUGUAAUCUUCAUGGUGAUGCUCUGUUGAUUGAAAAACAGCGUGACAUACUUAUUGAAAAAUCUUCCAUCAAUAUUAUUCUUGUUGCAUCUUUGCAAAAGCAUGAAGAAAGCAAGGUAUUUAUAUCAGGUCUUCUUAAAUCUCAUAAGCCUCUCAUUUGUCUCUGUUCUGAUGACAGCUAUAAUAUUAAGAACAAAAAGGCAAAAUACAUAUUUGGUCUCAAGGACAAAAGCCAGUCAGAUGUAUCUGAACAUCUGACACAGAUCAUUAGAGAAGUUUUAUCUUUGCUAGAUGGUUCCAGCUUGAAACCAUCUUUCCACCUUGAAACCAUGACUGAGCUCUCUGGAAUCAGAAUGGAUGAAAGUGACCCAGCCUGUGAAAGAGGGAAAUCUGCUGUUAAGAAAAUUAUGGAUCUCAUUACAAUGGAUAACAUGGAUGUCUCAAAGAUCAAAGAUAAAUUCCUUCCUUAUCGAGGCCAUCUGUGGCAUCAGUGGAGCAAAAUACACAAAGAACUGUAUCAUCUGAAAGGAAAUGUUGAAAAGGAGAAAAGUAAAAAGCAACAAGAACUGAAAACCAUACGUCAGAAACAAUGUCAUGCUUCCUGCAAACUGAUCGAGUUGUUCUUUGAAAGUCUCUCAACAUUGCAACCACUUGAUAAAAAAUAUUUUCUGAAAUGGAUUCAAAUCUUAAUGGAUGCCCUCUCCACAGAUGAUCUUUCUGUCAUUCUCGAAAGCUAUAAUGAAAAGUGGUCUGAGGUCUUGGCUUUAAAGAACAAAUCUGACAAAUCGGAAAUGUUGGCCUUGACAGACAAGCAGAAAAAAUCUGACUUGUUAAUAAAAAAACAAACUGAGCUUGAAAAAAUAUCCAAAAGACUGCAGUCUGCAACUUUUGGUUUGGAGCACAUCUUCAGAGAAAUGGGACAGAUCUAUGAAGCUCAUAGAGCAAUAGAAGGACAGAGCAGACACACUGACUGGUCUAAAUACCCUGAGCUGGCUGCACAGCUGAUGAUAUCAGGGCACCCGAUGGAGCUGAUGGAUGGUGAUGCAGGUCACGUGCCUUUAACAUGGAUCUCCAGUCUUUUAGAGGAAGUCAUCAAGAAACUGGGGGACCAGAGUGUUUUUGUGUUGUCAGUUUUGGGCGUACAAAGCAGUGGAAAAUCAACAAUGCUGAACACCAUGUUUGGUUUGCAGUUUGCAGUGAGUGCAGGCAGGUGCACCAAAGGUGCCUUCAUGCAGCUGCUCAAAGUAUCAGAGGAGAUGAAGAAAGACUUGAAGUUUGACUAUCUUCUAGUGGUGGACACUGAAGGACUGCGUGCUCUUGAGCUGGAAGGUACCAUCACUGUUCGCCAUGACAACGAACUGGCAACAUUUGUUGUUGGUCUGGGAAACCUGACACUGAUCAACAUCUUUGGAGAGAAUCCAUCUGAGAUGCAGGACAUCCUGCAGAUUGUUGUUCAGGCUUUCAUGAGGAUGAAGAAAGUUCAACUUUCUCCCAGUUGUGUGUUUGUUCACCAGAAUGUUACAGAUGUCGCAGCAGCAGAGAAAAACAUGGAUGGAAAGAGACGCCUGCAAGAAAAACUGGACCAGAUGACCAAACUAGCAGCUGAACAGGAGGAUUUCAAUGCUGACUGCUUCAGUGAUGUCAUUAAGUUUGAUGUCCAAAAAGAUGUGAAAUACUGUGCCCAGCUAUGGGAGGGCAGUCCACCCAUGGCUCCUCCUAAUCCAGGUUACAGUGAGAGCAUCCAAGAAGUGAAAAACACCAUCCUCUCUAAAGCUUCACAGUCUGAUGGGCUCACUCUCACACAAUUCAAAUACAAAAUCCAGGACCUGUGGAGUGCCCUCCUCAAUGAAAACUUUGUAUUCAGUUUCAAAAACACGCUUGAAAUUGCAGCAUACAGAAAACUGGAGAUCCAAUACGGAAACUGGACCUGGGCCCUGAGGAGCAACAUGUUGACUAUUGAUUAUCAACUUUAUAACAAAAUUGAAAAUGGAAAUGUUGACAAGGUGGAGGUGAGCUGUCUUAAAAAAGAAUCAAAUAGAACAUAUGAAACAAUCAGCGAAGAAAUGACAGCAUACUUUGAGGAUGAUAAAGACAAAGAAAUCUUUGCUCAGUGGAGAGGCCGAUUUGAAACCAGAAUCAGAGAGUUUUAUGAGGAACAGGUGAGCACAGUGAAAACAAAACUGGAUGAAGUUAUUCAGCAGAAGAAGGCUCGUGAAAAGAUGGAUGAUAAGAAGAAAGAGUUUGAGGACAAGCUGCUACAGAAGAGCAAAGAGCUCGCUCAGCAGCUGAAGGAUAAGGCCAAUGAUGAAGAAGAACUUAACAAGCAGUUCAGCUCUGUUUGGAGUGACUUGGUUAAUGAAUUAACAGCUGAUAUAAAACCUGUUGAAGACAUCAACCUGGAAGAAGAUCAGUUUACUAUCCUUCGAGAACUUGGUUUUGAAGAGAGUUUCACAAAUGAAUGCAAACAAAAUGGCAGAUACAAGAAAAUAUCCAGCAUUAGUGAUUAUUCAGAUUAUGUAAAACAAAAAAAAGUUGUUCAAAUUAAAUUGCCAUUAAAUGCAUUAUCAAAUGAAAACCAACAACAGAUCAGUUCACUCAUUGAAAAAGCUGUAAUUGAGUCACUUGAUGCAAUCAAAAGCAAGCCUGUAGCUACAAGAGGCUACAAACUAACUUAUUUGCAAGAAGCAGCCAAACAGGUAAUACAAAAAGUCGACAAUUUUCAGAAGGAGGGGAAAUGUGCUUUGAAGAAGACGUUUACAGUUGAUCUCAUACUGUAUGUGUGUUCUAAAUCAGAGAGUUGGAUUCUAGACUCACAGAAGAAAUUCAAAAUUAACAACGAGCCACUGACUUAUUUAGAAAGCAAGAAAACACAGUAUUACAAUGUUUUUAGAAGCUUUUGUGAAGGAAGCUCAUCUGCUGUUGUACUUGGGGAAUUGAUCUGUGAAAAGCUGAAAGCUUCCACUGUUGAGGCUGUCUGUAACAAGACUGCCAUUGGUCUGGCUGGAGAGAUGAGGUGUAAUUUCCCAGCAUUCAAUGGGAACAGGCUGAACCUGGAGAAACAUGUGCUGAAGUCACUCGCUGAGAAAGAAGACUUUGAUGAUUUCAUCACCUACAUCACAAAUCCAAGAAGCCAAACAGAAGCUUUUAUAAAAGCAGAAGUAGAGAAAUACAUCUUCACAGAUCUCAGAGAUAUACUCAAGAAAAAUACUGAAGAUUUAAACACAUUUGUGAAUCGAGCUUUAUUUACAGCAACACAGAAAGUCCAAAAUCAGACAGGAGACAUAAACAUGUGGCUGAAGGAAUUUUCUAGUUUGCUAAAAGAUGAGCUAACAUUUGAGACCAUUAAUUCUCAAAAUUUCAGUGACAUCAAUGAUUUUGAGUUUCUGAAGGAAGAGAUAAAGAAACGAUUUGAUUCCAUCACUGAGCAAACUAGCAGCCUCUUUUUGGACAAACUGAAGGAAUCCAGGCUGAAGCCUGAUGAAAUCCUCAUUGAUCAGCUGUGUAGGUGCUGCUGGGUAACGUGUCCCUUCUGUGCAGCUGUAUGUACUAACACCAUUGAAGAUCACAGUCCUGAUGACCACAGCGUCCCUUUUCAUCGACCUGUGGGACUCAAAGGAUGGCACUAUAGACGCACAAAGGAAUUCAGCAUCAAUUUCUGCACAACAAAUGUUGCAAGCGGUCUCAAAUUUCACCCUCAUCGGGAUUCAGAGAAAUCUGUUCGCUAUAAACAGUACAGAACUGCUGGUCCAGAGUAUGCUAACUGGAGAAUCACCUCUGAUGACUCUAAACUGGUGUACUGGAAAUGGUUUGUGUGUCGAUUUCAAGAGAAACUGGAAACGCACUACAAGUUCAAAUUCCAGGGCAGUGGAAUAAUUCCCUCUGACUGGAUUAAAGUCUCUAAAGCUGAUGCCAUUAAAAGUCUGAAUGAAAUGUGUUAA